ACAUAAUGUGUUCCACUCCAAUAGCUUUUAUUUAAUUUCUUCCAGUUCACAAGUCAUUGAUAUCAAAGAAAUCUAAUGAAAUGUCUUCUUGUGCUACAACAACUAUCUAUAUAUGUCCCAUCUCAUGAUUAAGCCAGUUUCAUAUCUUCUGAGGGGACUUCUGAAAUGACUCAUGUACACUUUCCCUUUCCCUUACCACCUAAAGAAAGCCAGGUAGUGAUGGGCUUUUGCUCAGUUUAACCGUCAUUUAUACUCUCCUUAUUUCAGGCUUUCAAUCCUCUCAGAAAGAUUACAAGCUCUUGGAGGCCAGGAAUUUUAUCUUGUAUUUCUGUAUUCAUCACAAACUGAGCACUUUCCGUGUUGGGAGAGUGGGGAGGGACACUUAAAUGCGUUAAAACAAAUACUAACAGCAUCAAAAACUACAAAGACUAUAAAUCAAUUCUUAUGGAAGAUAGAAUAUAUUUGCAAUCACUUAAACACAAUGAAUACAACAUUUGUUUCUAGGGGACAAUAUGUGAAUGGUAUUUAGGUAGCUUUCAUCAAACUGAAAAUCUGUGGAGACGCAUGGUGGCGCUGCAGGAUAAUAUCGUGGGGAGAAAAACUACGCUGAUGACACUGUUACCCACUGCACACAGAGCACUGGGGAGAAAAAAACCAACAAGCUGCAAGGAAGGCGAACUAGAAGCUAAUAAAAAACGGUUAAAAUCCUUAGACCUUCCUAAGAUUCGGUGGACAUAGCAGAGGCACAUUUCCCAGAACUGCGAAGUGGAGCUGAAGCAAUUCCGCAGGAAGCCUUGGGGAAAGGAGCUAUGGAGAACGGAGGAACUGGCACCCUGCGGAUAAGGCAAGUCCUGCUGUUCUUUGUUUUUCUGGAAAUGUCUCGGGCGGACUCUGAGUCUGGGCGCUUUUCGGUGGAAGAGGAAAUGAAGAGCGGGAGCGUUGUAGGCAAUUUGGCAAAGGACCUAGGACUGGAUGUGGGUGAGCUGUUCUCAAGGGGGGCUCGGGUGGUCUCUAAUGAUAACAAACACCAUUUGCAGCUGGACUUAAACACCGGGGAUUUGCUCUUAAGCGAAGCGCUGGACCGGGAGGAGCUCUGUGGCUCCAUCGAGCCCUGUGUUCUGCACUUCCAGGUAUUAAUGAAAAACCCUUUGCAGUUUUUACAGAUUGAGCUCCAGGUCAGGGAUAUAAAUGACCACUCCCCUGUCUUCUUAGAAAAAGAAAUGCUCCUAGAGAUCCCAGAGAAUAGUCCUGUGGGCUCUGUGUUCUUACUGGAAAGUGCGAAGGAUUUGGAUGUAGGAAUCAAUGCUCUAAACAGCUACACAAUAAGCCCCAACUCUCAUUUCCACGUUAAAAUGAGAGUCAAUCCAGACAAUAGAAAAUACCCAGAGUUGGUUCUGGACAAGGCGCUGGAUUAUGAAGAGCAGCCGGAGCUCAGCUUCAUCCUCACUGCUCUGGAUGGUGGGUCUCCGCCCAGGUCUGGGACGGCCUUGGUUCGGGUGGAGGUCUUGGACACUAAUGACAACUCCCCGGAGUUUGAGCAGCCCUUUUAUGAGGUGAAGAUUCCGGAAAAUAGCUUACUAGGCUCACUGGUUGUCACAGUCUCCGCUUGGGAUUUAGAUUCUGGAAAAAAUGGAGAGAUAUCAUAUACUUUUUCCCAUGCCUCAGAAGAUGUUCACAAAACAUUUGAAAUUAAUCAAAAGUCUGGAGAAGUUAGUUUAAUGGCAUCGUUGGAUUUUGAAACAAUUGAAUCAUAUUCAAUAAUAAUACAAGCCACAGACGGGGGAGGGCUUUUUGGAAAAUCGACAGUCAGAAUUCAGGUGAUGGAUAUAAAUGACAAUGCCCCUGAAGUCACCGUGUCAUCAAUUACUAGCCCAAUUCCAGAAAACUCGUCUGAGACCGUGGUUCUGGUUUUUAGUAUCCUAGACAGAGAUUCUGGGGACAAUGGGAGAAUGCUUUGUUCUAUCCCAGAAGACCUUCCAUUCAUACUAAAAUCUUCAGUAAAGAAUUACUACACAUUGGAAACAGAGGGAGCACUGGACAGAGAAAGCAAGGCCCAGUACAACGUCACCAUCACCGUCACCGACUUGGGGACCCCCAGACUGAAAACCCAGCACAACAUCACCCUGCUGGUCUCCGACGUCAACGACAACGCCCCCGCCUUCACCCAAACCUCCUACACCCUGUUCCUCCGCGAGAACAACAGCCCCGCCCUGCACAUCGGCAGCGUCAGCGCCACAGACAGAGACGCGGGCGCCAACGCCCAGCUCACCUACUCGCUGCUGCCGCCCCACGACCCGCAGCUGCCCCUGGCCUCGCUGGUGUCCAUCAACGCGGACAACGGCCACCUGUUCGCCCUGAGGGCGCUGGACUUCGAGGCGCUGCAGGCGUUCGAGUUCCGCGUGGGCGACGCGGCCAAGCACAGGCUGCUGGUGCUGGUCAAGGACAAUGGCGAGCCCGCGCUGUCUGCCAGCGUCACGCUGCACGUGCUGCUGGUGGAUGGCUUCUCGCAGCCCUACCUGCCGCUGCCGGAAGUGGCGGCCGACCAGGCGCAGGCCGACCCGCUGACCGUGUACCUGGUCAUCGCGUUGGCGUCGGUGUCGUCGCUGUUCCUGUUCUCGGUGCUGGCGUUCAUCGCGGUGCGGCUGUGCAGGCGGAGCAGGGCCGCCUGGGUGGGUGGCUGUUCGGUGCCUGAGGGCCACUUUCCGGGCCACCUGGUGGACGUUAGCGGUACUGGGACCCUGUCUCAGAGCUACCAGUAUGAGGUGUGUCUGAUGGGAGGUACUGGGACAGAUGAGUUUAAAUUUCUGAAGCCUAUUAUCCCUAAUUUCCAGACCCAGUGCCCUGGGAAAGAAAUAGAGGAAAAUCCUACCUUCCACAAUAGCUUUGGGUUCAAUAUUAAGUGACCAUAAUUACCUUUUAUACCCCAUGUGUAUUUUUAUUUUGUGCCACUUCCAUAUCAGUGUUUCCUUUCCUAAUACGUGGGUAUUUUAAAUAUGACUUAAAAUUGAUUUUAGAGAGACAGGAAGCGAGAGGGAGAAAAACAUUGAUAGGCUGACUCUUGCA